CGUUCAUGAGGAGGACACGUAUCGCUCCCCAGUACGUUCCGUGUCUACUUUUACGUGGUCUCUUGUGAAACCGGUUUGAAAGUGAGCCUGUGAGGUGUGGCGUAGGCGAUUGUAGUGUCGCGUCCAACCGUAAAAAUACUUCGAAAAAACCGCCAUUACGUGUAAACUACACAACUUUUUAGAUUAUUAAAGUGUGUUGUGAAUCAUUUGUGGAGUUUCCGUUAUCUUGAGAAAGAGACGGCGCUACCAGUGAGUGAGUGCAAGUGAGAGGGAACAACCGGUCUUCCAGUCUUGUGGUCUAGUGAUGGUAUAUCGGCUGUUGUGAUAGUGAUUCAAGAUGGCCGCGUUUCCCGCCUUUUUCGUUUUAGCAUUGGCCGCUGCUGUGUCAGGCCAGAUUGUGGAUGUGACGCCGAGGGAGGCUGUGCGGCGUAUAGGGGACGACCUCACCGUCCUUUGUAAAGUCCCGUACGAUAUCGACUCGUGUCGAAUGAAUGUGGGUUCCAAAACAUACAUUCUGAGACCUGGCAACCAAGACGGCGACGUGGUAUACUCCGGACAAGGCUUAAGCUCGGGAGAAUGCGGGGCUCACAUACGGAAUGUGAGGGAGGAGUGGAACGGCAAUAUAUCCUGCGUCUUGCCCCCGCAGACAGGCAACAUCGAGAUCAAGGGCACCAUGAGACUUUUGGUUGCAAUGGCGCCCGGUGAGCCUAUCCUGGUGGCGCCUCCGCAGACGCAGUUCAACGAGGGCGAUCUGUUCAUGGCCAGGUGCGUCGCACCUAACGGUAGACCCGCCGCCAAGAUCACCUGGUUCUUGGACGAAGACCAGAUCCUAGAAGGAGUCCACCAGCCCAUAGUGACUGAGGAGCCUGACAGCGAUCUGCAGACCAUCAGCCAGAACAUCAGUAGGACACUGCGAGCUGAUGACAACGGCAAGAUGCUAUUGUGCAAGGUCGAACAUGAGGCCCUGGAUCAGCCGAGAGAGCCCAAACGUCAGCUCGUUGUGCACUACCCACCCAAACGUCUGGAAUCAGGCGCGAUCACAAUCUUCGGGCUAAAGCUGGGCGCGGAAGGCGCGCUGAACGUGACCGUGCGCGCCAACCCGCCGCCCACCGCCGAGUGGACCAUCGGCGGCAUCAAACUCACCGCGCCGCAGUCCAGCGAAAACCCCAAGAUCACCGCCUUCGCACCUAUCCAUAUGGGUCGCGGUUACUACAAUGUGACCCUGCGCCUGGACCACAUCGCCAAGGAAGAUGUCGAGAGAACCUACUACCUGGCGGUAUCCAAUGACCUUGGAAGAGAAGAGUUCGCGGUCAGGAUCAGCACCAUGGAUGAACCCGCUGCGCGCAAUAUCAAGUCGUCGUUUUUGAUAAUAGACGUUUAUGGCGUGGAGCUAGGCACUGGAUCCAUCGUGGGUAUUGUGGUAGCGGUGUUGCUCCUCCUCAUCGGAGUGUCUCUCGCUGUCUUCGCAUUUGCCACGGACAGGUGGUGUUUCGCCGGGCGAUCCCACCGGACGGACUUACCGGACGGGGGGGACUCUGAGGCCCCCCUGCCCCCGCACGACGACGUCAAAGGCUCCGAGAAUCCGUCCCACGAACACGGCGACUACAUAAGCAACGGUGACGCGAAACAUCCAGAGAAAAAACCGGACACAGCCGUUUAAUUCGUAAGUCGGGCGGCUGUCACUCGGGACGUCUGAUUAAUUGUCAUCUACGAUGUAUAACGGCUUGUAAUUAUGUCACAAUUAUUGACAUGUAACAGCUUGUUGAUAUACGAAAAUUAUAAAUUUUAGCUGAAAAAUGUUUAUAAAUUCUCUUCAAUAUUAUUAUAAAAUAUACUUUUAUUUAUAGCUAAAAUAUCGUCACAUUUUUAAUGUUUAAUGAGAUCGAAAAUAUUAAUAAAUUAUGGAUACGUACUAUUUAAUCCCUAAAUGUCUUCUAUAAUGAUAACCGAUGAAUAUAUUUAUAGCUUAAAUAUUAUAACAUUUUUAAAUAGUUGAAUAAAGACGAAAUAAUGAUUAACAAUCUGGAUUAAUAGUAAAUUAAUUUUUGUUCACAAGUUGAAAAUAUAUUUUUAGUAUUAUUUUAUGUAAUAUAGAUUUCUUAUUUGACUUAAUUUUAUGUAGCACCGAGUGACAGCUUAAUAAUAUUUCGGUAUAUAAUUUACUUUUCAAUUAGUGCCACAAGAUUUCUUGAAUAUAUUGUUACUUAUAUAUAAAGAAUGUAUUUAAAAUUUUAUUAUUAUUGAGAAGCCAAAUUGUUACAGCGUUAAUAUCCAGCCUUUUUACUAUUGCAUGUUCUGUCUUUGUCCAAAUAUACGCUCUAAAAUAAAAGAAAAAAAUCAGUAAAUAGUAAGAGAAAACUUUUAUGAGGUGUAAGUUUUUUGAUCCUCCAUAUUUCAUACGUCAAACAAAUCAUUCUCAAUUUAAUUUCUGACACUUGAACUCUAGAGGCUAUACCACGUUUGCCCGAAAGAAUACUUAUGUCACUUUGCUACUGUAAAACAACAAAAGAAAGAAUCUUGUAGAAAAUAGUUGAUAUUUAAAAAAAUCAUUAACCCAUCUAAGUAUUUUUUUCUCGAUCCUCGGCCGUGUGUCGUACUUAAAAUUAAUACACAAUAUCAUUCACCUAUUUCUUAACUACCGAGUCACAAAAUAAUAUUUCUUUAGUUAACAGAAUGGUUUUGGGUUCAAGUACGUAAAUGCCUGUAACAUAUUUGGCUUCUUAAUAUAAUUAUUACGUACGUAUAAACACGUUCGUUGCCAGAAUUUAUUUCAUAUCCGUACGACUAAAUGAGGAGCUCUUUACAACGUUUUAGAAUUUAGAAUAAAACAAAACAAAUUUUAUUAUAAAUGAUUGAAAUUAAAUAUAUUAUUGACUUCUGUUUUUGCUUCCAUUAAAAUAAUUUAGACUUUAGAAUUUUUCACUAUUACUAUCUCAUAAAAAAUGUCCCUGGCAGCGCGCGUGUUUCUACAUAACUUUAAUAGUAUAAUUACGAAUUCACAAACUGUUUAUACUUAACUAGGUAAGAUUUCUCUUAAUAUUGUCCAAUGUUUUGAAUCUUUAUUGUGGCCGAGAGAAAAUAUAUAUGUAUAGGUUGGUAAGACAUCCUGCUGCCGAGUCCUAGAUGGAUAGCUAACUCGCUGGCUCACAAGAUCCUACAUUAAUAUUAUUUGUUGCAAAAAUGUGGUUUAAAAUUUGAUAAAAAUUAUAAAAAUCAUUAAUUCAUGGUUCCCCCUUAAUUAAUUUAUCUUUUUAUUUGUUCCAAAAAUGAAUUUUACAAUUGUAAUGUUGUUAAUAAAUAUAAAAAACAAUACUUCAUGGUCCUCCCUUUAUUAAUAUAUCGUGAUUUGUGAAAUAUAACAUAGAACCUUGAAAUAGUGAGCCAGCAAACUGAUUAAAAUAUCCAGUGCUAUACAAAAUCUAUAAUGACAGUUUAGCCACAAUACAGUGUAGUUUUGAUCAGAGAACAUUUUCUUUUUCGAAUAUCUUCAACUUUUGUUUAGAAUUCCUAUCGAGACUACAUUCUGACACUAGAUUAAAAAAAAUAAACGAGGUCUAGUUGGUGGCAAGCACAACUUGCUCUGCAAAAUGUGAGACAUUACCACCUACUUUUUUGGAUAUCAUGACUAAGACACCUGUAUAUAGAUAUUUUGUCUCGAUCGCUCAAUUUUAUAGAUUAUGAAAUUUUUAAUAAUUAGCGCAAUAUAAGAAUCUCGUGUAAUUUUAACGUUUCAAUUGCCAUGGUUGCAAAGUGUAAUAUGUCUUAAAAUGAAAAUAUAGAGUAAAUGAAAAAUAUUUGAAAGCAAUAGCGGUUCUUCGAAACAAAUAGAAAAGCUACGUAAAAAUAUUUCGUGUUGACAAAAUAUUCGGCGAAUAUUCGGUUGAAAAAUGAUCGGUUUGAUGACAACGUCGAAAAAUAUGAUACCAUUUUGUUGUUUGGUAUAAUAUACCCGUCUCCACAGUAAUAUACUAGUAAUAAAGUAAUCAAAUCGCGUAAGCUAUGUACUGAACAAGAAUAACCACUGAUGGGUAUUAAUUUUUCACUUCCUCAGACAAAUAGAAUUACACUAUGCACCCAUGGUAUCGUUUUUAAUAACAACGAAUCCCAACGGAAGAUUAUUAGGCUUAAGAUAGCACACGAUUUGGAAUAAACGCAGAAUGUGUACAGACCCUUAUUUAAACCCGAGGAAUGGAUUCAGGAAAAAUAAAUAUUAUUAUUUAAUUCUCAUCAUAUUACAUGUUCAUCAUUAUCUCAGAAACCAUCAUCAUUUGCAUAACAUACACCCAAUAUCAGUACACAUCCAAAACGACAAUCACGGCUACAAUUUCACUUUCAUCAAUAUCGUCACCUUUAUCAACAUCAUCAACUUUAUCAUUAUCAUAAUUACCAUCAUCAUCAUCGUCAUCGUCAUCAUCACCAUCAUCAUUUUUCUUAAACACUUAAAUUUAUUCUCAUAGUAGCCUACAUCUUUCAAGUUUGUAACUUACACAUUCAUAUUCUCCCACAUAAUAUUACUUUAGGGUAUGAUUCCCGUAUUUUUUUCCUGGAUCCGUCUCUAUGGAAGAGUUCAUACACGCUUCUCACUCAUUAAAUUAUAAAUAGUAGUAAGUUGUUUUAAGUUAGGUUUUCACACUUUUUAAAUUCGAUUUUACUGUAUCUUUUGCGGUUUAACAAUCUAGAUGUUUACCCAUUCUUAUGGCCUGAAAAGGUCAGUGAAACGUGGGCACUAGUUGCAUCUCUGUCUACCCAUCGUUCAGACUUAUAUGUAGUCAUUUUAAGUAACAGUAUCAUAUAAAAUCGUGAAUUCCUUUAGUUAUUAUGUUGUGUUCGUACCACCUUUUAUUAAGCACUUUUUGUAAAUAACGGCUUUAGUUUUAGUUUAUAUUUAGGAUUUACAAUGCACAAUUUAUUUUGCUAUAAAAUACUGUUUGAAUAAUUAGUAAAUACAAUCUUUCUAAUCCACUGAUAAUAUUUACGAAUCCGAAAAUUUCAUCGUGAGGUUCGAUGCCAAUUUGUAUUACCUUUUCAAGUUUAUGAGAAAUUUUAAUGCGAAUAUGUAUUCCAAUAAAUUAAUACAAUCGUUUUCAACUCGUAGUGUUGCUAAAUAACUUAUAUCGGAUAUAACAUUGCUUAUGAUGACAAAAACUGCCGAAAAUGCAUCCAUUUUUAGACCCACUUUAUCUAGAAAGUUCUAGAUAUCUUUUUCGCUAUACAGGUUUACAUGUUUGCUAUUUAAGUUGCUAUCCAAGCAUCUUAGCCGAAAUACAUUUCUUAUGUAAAAUAUUUUAUAAUAAGUUUAGCGAUAAGUCACCGUUAUUGUGAUUUUUAAUUUCGUUUGUAAUAAUAUUAAUUAAGAAUUUAUUUUUGUACCAAUUUAGUUUAUUUAGUUUUUUGUACUGUGUUCAAUGUAGCUAGAGUACGGCCGGACAGUUUUGUGGGAUUUGGUGGGAUAUAAGGAUUUUUGUAGUUCCUUUUAGUAGGAUUGAUUUGGAAAUAGACAUUUACGUCACAGCUACAGAAUAUCGUAAUAAAUAAUAUUUGAAGUAAAUAAACACCAUAAAAGAAGCAAGCUGUAAAGUAUCAUCUUACAAAAUCCAAUUAAAUUACACCAUUCAAGUAAAAAAUUACAUUUUUUUAUAAAAUAAAAAAAUCGUUAACAUCCCACAAACAAUGAAUCCCACAAAAAUGUCCGUAACUUCUUAACCAUAGACAAAAUGUAAGGGUCAAUCCACUGCCAUUAAGCAUUUUCGUUUCCACUUGCCAAAAUACGCUUUUGAGUAUGUAACGAAUUUAAAGAUAAGCCGACAUAGCGUUUGCGAUCAACAAUUUUUAUGUCGAACCAUUUCAAAUGUUACAUGUAUACACAAGUAUAAGUGUUUAUGGAUCAAGUUCAUUGGAAAUAAAUGAAAUAUUUAUUAAAAUAAGAGAA